AUGAGAAGCUGGAUUCGGGCGCUUGGGUUGUCUGCCUUAUUGGCAGGACUAACUUUUGCAAAUGAAGCGGAAUUGACGCAAGACGCCUCCAAACGGUUACAAUGUUCGGGCAUGUAUAGCCGUAAGGCUUGGGGUGGAAAUACCGACCCGUUCAUCCUGACCAAGUUCGCAAAACUACCGACCGAUGGCGAUUUUGAUCCUAUUGUUAGUCUUUUGAUUUUCGAAUGGAGUGAUGAACCUUUGAUUGGAAGACGUAUAUCCGACGAUCCCGAGGACUACAAAUCGAUUUGCGAUCAAGGCAGCGUGCAAGAGGGAUUAUGCACCUCCGGCCAACUCGGUUCCUUCCUUCUCGCCCCGAACGCCAGCGAUGCCUCUCAGUUUCAUAUUCUCUCGCAGGGAGUACAUCUUAAAAACCCCGAAGCCAUCAACUAUCCGAUAAAGAAGACAGGAUACUAUUGUGUGAGCACGUAUGGCUAUUCUGGCGAUGAUUAUAGGGGCGUCGUGGAGUUCAGGAAUGCGUACGGCGAGCUUCCAGCUGCGCAAAUCCCGAAACUGCCAUUCUAUGGGGGCCUGACAAUCGUGUACGCCGUGGUUGGCUUGUACUGGGCCUUCCUAUACGUUCAAAACCGCCAUGAUAUCCUACCCGUGCAAAAUUACAUUACUGCUAUCUUGGUGUUCUUGAUUUUAGAGCAGUUGAUGACAUGGGGCUUUUAUGACUAUCAAAACCGACAUGGAUUAAAUGUUGGAGCAAAAGUACUGAUGGUUAUCGUUUCUGUCCUCAACGCGAUUCGCACUUCAUUCUCGUUUUUCCUGCUUCUUAUUGUCUGUAUGGGCUACGGUGUGGUCAAGCCUUCCUUGGGUCGAACCAUGGUAUAUGUUCGCAUUCUUGCCAUCACACACUUUGUAUUCGCCAUGAUUUAUGCCGUCGCCAGCUUAUCCAUUACGCCUGAAGCUGCCGGUAUCCUGAUUCUAUUUAUUGAACUUCCGCUUGCCGCAACAUUGACUGCAUUUUACGUGUGGACUUUGAGUUCACUGAAUGCAACUAUGAAAGACCUGAUCGACAGGAAGCAGAAGACCAAGGCGAUGAUGUAUAAGAAGCUAUGGUGGUGCCUCCUCGGGAGCAUUAUCGUGCUAUUUGGCUUCAUUUUCAUCAAUGCUCUUGCAUUCGCUAGCCGCUCCGAGGCCGAUUUCUUGCCCGAGCACUGGAAGAGCCGUUGGUUUGUAUUGGAUGGAUGGCUGAGCAUUGUCUAUUUUGUCGAUCUGGCAUUCAUUGCCUACUUGUGGCGUCCCACUGCCAACAACCGGCGAUUUGCGAUGAGUGACGAGCUUGCUCAAGAUGAUGAUGGCUUUGAGAUUCGAUCCUUCAAUGGAGCUUUGGAUGAAGAGGACGCCCUUGGUGGCUUGGAUGAACAUUCUCCUCAUGAACAGCGCCGUGACCUAUCACCAGUACCUCCCAAGCCUGUUCCUUCCGCCGCACGAACUCGGGAGUCUCUGGAUGCAAUGGAUUCUGAGACAAUCUUCGCCGUUGGUGACGAUCCCGAUAAAUGGACCGAUGACGAGGACUCGCCGCGUAACUCUACUGAAAGGAAGGCACUUACAAAAGAUGUGGAUUAA